AACCAUAAUUACAUACAAUAUCAGCACAAAUCAUCAAUUUCUAAAUUAGCCACUAAUUAAACAUUUAGUUCUAAUAGACCAAUUGAUUAUUAAUAAUCAUUAUGGGUGUUACAACUUUUACUGAAGAAAUUACUUCCCCUUUAACACCAAUUCGUUUGUUUAAGGCUUUAAUUGUGGAUUCAAAAUCCCUAAUACCAAAGUUACUGCCUCAAUUUGUUGAAAAUGUUGUUUUGUUACAAGGAGAUGGUGGAGCUGGAAGUAUUGAACAAGUGAACUUCACAAAAGGCAAUCCUUUUGAGUUUGUGAAACAUAGAAUAGAUGAAUUAGACAAAGAAAAUAUGGUGUGCAAAUACACAAUGAUUGAAGGGGAUCCAUUGGGAGAAAAUCUUGAUUUUAUUUCUUAUGAAAUAAAAUUUGAAGAAUCCAAUAAUAUUAUUGGAGGAUGCAUUUGCAAGAUGACAACAAAUUAUCAUGGAAUUGGUGAUUAUUUUGCCAAAGAAGAAGAUAUUAAAGCUGGAAAAGAUAGUGCUAUGGGAAUUUAUAAAACAGUUGAAACCUACCUCAUUCAAAAUCCAAAUCUUUAUGCUUAAUUAAAUAAAAAGAAUUGCUUCAUGCUAUUUAAAAUGAAGCCAAUAUGGGCUAAUUUUUGUUGUUUUUGAAGAUAUAUAGUAGUUCAACCAUUAUAAAAAUAAAGAAACA